UGGGAAGACUAAAAAAACUGAGGGAUGGGGGGCCCUGUGCCUUUCCCAAGAGGCUGCUCCCAAAAAAACCCCCCAUCCUUGGGCGUUUCUGGGGCAGAGUGGGAGCUGGAGCAGGGGAUGCACCUCAGUCACUACGGGAGCAAACGGAGAGUUGGCAACUCCUCCCUGGGGCUGCUGGUCCUGCAGUGGCUCCCUUUUCCCAGGAAAGCCUGGGAAUGUGGAACUGCUGCACCUUGCUGCUGGAAUUUCUUGGCUCAAACAGCAGCGAAAUUCCAGCUGCUGCCCUGCCCGGGGUACAGCCUGGAAAAAGGGAAGGGAUCCGGAGCCUGCAGCGCUGCUUUAGGUCAACCCUUCCCUUCUCUGUGCAAUAAAUGGAUUAAUUUGCUUUUUAUAGAGAAAAAAAAGACUUUUUUUCCCCCUUUUUUUUCCCUUUUUUUUUUUUUUUUACUUAUCUGCACCUUGUGGGCAUUUUGUGGGCCGUGCUGGCAUUCCCAGGUUGGUUUUGUGUGGAGACAAGCUGCGUGCUGGAAUUCCAGGAGGGAGGUUCUGUGCCAGAUCCAUGGUCUGUGCUCCAUUCCCAGAGUGGUUUUGUAUGGAUCCAACCUCUGCUGGAAUUCCAGGGCGGUUCUCUGCAGAUCCGUGGUCUGUGCUGGAAUUCCAGGGUGGUUUUGUAAGGAUCCAACCUCUCUGCUGGAAUUCCAGGGUGGUUCUGUGCAGAUCCAUGGUCUGUGCUGGAAUUCCAGGGUGGUUCUAUGUGGAUCCAACCUCUCUGCUGGAAUUCCAAGGUGGUUCUGUGCCAGAUCCAUGUCUGUGCUGGAAUUCCAGGGUGGUUCUGUGCAGAUCCAUGGUCUGUGCUCCAUUCCCAGAGUGGAUUUGUAUGGAUCCAACCUCUCUGCUGGAAUUCCAAGGUGGUUCUGUGCAGAUCCAGCUGCUCCAGCUGGCAGUGCCAAGCACUACACUACUUUUCCAAAGGAGAAUCCCUGUUUCCCAGGGCACUCCCAGGCCCCCACUAACAGUAUUAACCCUGGGCCUGGGGCUCUUAAACCUGAUUUAAACCCGGGAGGGUCGAGCUCAGUCCUUGCAAGGAUUGGAGGGUGUUUGUGUAAAUAAUAAAAGUAUGAAUAAAACUGAAAUCUCUGUAUUUGCAA